AAACCCCUGAAUUUCAAUUUUGAAAUGAAUUUGCUCUGCACUCUCUCUUCUCACCGACGAUGCUGAGCACCGCGGGAGCCGCGAUGGCUUCUUGGUUUUGUGUCGAGAUCGUCUCCGGGAACGGCCACACUUACAGCGUGAAGUACGGUUGGUCUCCGGCGAUGGAGAGGAUGCCUCGCAAGGCUAUUAGGCCCUGUCCACGGCCUCUUGAAGGAGCUGCAGAUUGGGUCCCUGGCGAUCUUGUUGAGGUGUUCGUCAAUCCUGCUUGGAAGACUGCCGUGGUCGUGGAGGUUUUAGGUGGGAACGGAUUUUCUGUUAGGCUUGUCGGAUCCAACACCGAAUUCAGAGUCCCCAAAUCUCAUCUGAGGUUUCGUCAGAGUUGGAAAGACGGUAGAUGGUUCCUGAUUGGAAAGGGUUCUGGAAAUUCUACUGUGUCGAAGGUGACGAGGCAGAUUGAGGCUGCCAUGGAGCCUUAUGUCGGUGCUGAUGGAACUCGAAAGUCUCCCAUGAUUUCGGAAGGUGCGCUGAAGAGAAGAUCUUCCCCUUGCUUGUCAGGUGCUGAAUACCAUGCCGUGGCAAAGAAGAUUAGAUUGAUUAAACCACCAGAAGGGGCACCGUUCAUCUUUUCUGUGGAAGGAGGAGGAAGCAAAAGUGCGAAACCAUUCUUACCGCCCCCUAUCCGUCAAGAAAGUUGACGUAUAAUUGGUUCUGUUUACAAAGAAAGAAAUAAUGAAAGCGAAGUUCCGAC